AUGUCUUCUCGCACGGAAGUAAACGGACGCAAUGGCGUCAAACAACCUGAGUUAAACAGGGCAGAUGAUGUUGAAGAUCUCCUGGAUGCUGUGAAGUCUCUCCUUAUCCCCUUCAUCCGAGAUGCAGACAAGGCCGCUCCGACCCGAGCCACGGGCGAGAUAGCCGCGGAUGCGCAAGGAGUGCCGGGCCGCAACAUCCUGGUGGACUCACACAAGCCCGAGGAGCUGGUAAAGAAGUUGCGCAUAGCAAUGCCAGGUGAUGGCGCCGGAAAAGAAGGGCUGCUAGAUGUCAUCCAGACCAUCCUGCGAUAUAGCGUCAACACGUGGGAUCAGGGGUUCAUGGACAAGUUGUACUCGAGUCUCAACCCUGUUGGCGUGGUAUCCGACCUUGUCCUCACCGUCCUAAAUACCAACGUCCACAUCUUCAAAACCUCACCGGCCCUCACCAUCAUCGAAAAAACGGCCGCGCGCAAACUGGCCGGCCUCUUCGGCUUCACCGGGCCCCGUGCCGGCGGCAUCACCUGCCCAGGCGGCAGCGCCUCGAACAUGACCUCCCUCGUCAUCGCGCGCAACACGCUCUUCCCCUCGACGCGGACCAGCGGCAACGGCAACCACCGGUUCGCGCUCUUCACCAGCGCGCACGGGCACUACUCAGUAGAGAAAGCAGCAGCAGUAUGCGGUAUCGGUUCCGACAGCGUGGUGAAAGUACCCGUAGACAGCGAGGGACGGAUGCAGGCACCGGCGCUGGAAGCAGCGAUAGCGCGGGCGAGGGAGGAGGGCAGAACGCCGCUGUACGUCAGCGCGACGGCGGGGACCACGGUGUGGGGGUCGUACGACGCAUUCGCGGACCUGGCGCCCGUGUGCGCCGCCGCCGGCGUCUGGCUGCACAUCGACGCCUCGUGGGGCGGGCCCGCCGUCUUCUCGCCCACCCACGCCCACAAGCUCGCCGGCUCCGCCAACGCGAACUCCAUCACGGUCAACCCGCACAAGAUGCUCAACGUCCCCGUCCCCUGCUCGUUCCUGCUCACCAACGACAUCGCCGUGUUCCAGCGGGCGAAUACCCUGCGCGCGGGUUACUUGUUCCACGAUAAGCUGGCAGAAGACGAGGAAGGAGAGGAAGACAAUAUCUGGGACCUGGCGGACCUGACGCUGCAGUGCGGCCGCCGCGGCGACUCGCUGAACUUGGCCCUCGCGUGGAUCUACUACGGCGACAGCGGCUUCGCGCGGCACGUCGACCACGCGUUCGACACCGCCGCGUACCUCGCCUCGCUCAUACAGAAUGCCGGCGUCUUUGCGUUAUUGUCGAGCAACCCGCCGCCGUGUCUGCAGGUGUGCUUCUACUAUGCGCCCGACGGCGGGGUGCUACCGGAUGACAAGGAGGAGAAUACGCGCAGGACGAGGGAGAUGGCGCCGAGGCUGGUCGAGAGGGGGUUCAUGGUUGAUUAUGCGCCCGGAGAGAGGGGCAGCUUUUUUAGGGUCGUGGUUAAUACGCAGACGUUGAGGGGGACGGUCGAGGGGCUGGUCAGGGCGUUGGUGGAGGUGGGCAGGGAGGUUGUGCGUUUGUGA